AUGGAUUCUUAUGAUGAUCGACAUCGUGCCUUUCUCCAGGCCUUCAUGGCCCGAUCAACCAUGACUUUUGAAGAUGCACAGCCAGUCCUCGCAGCGAUUAUCUCCGCACAUGAGGGUCGCACUGUGGAUCCAGAUGAGGUCACACAAUCCACAUUGAACGAUUUUGUCGAUAUGGUCAAUAAUGCGAUUUCGAUCUUCGACCUGGAAAUCAGAACCUCACGACGACAAGAUCCCAAAGAGAACCAGGAAGACUCCAGCACGCCACCGACUCUGGUGUAUGCCCUGGUCAAUACGACCAGCGAUGCUCUCACCCAGCUUGCGACGACGUACACCGCCGACGAGAUUGCAUUUGUGAAGCGAGUUCUCGACUACAUGUUUGAAGAGAAUAAUAAUCGUCGUUGCGAGGGAAUGGUGAUUUCCUCUAUACACGCUGUGCGCUUGUCCAAAGCGGGCGGCGAUCGACGGAGAUCUACAAACGUUGGCACGCAGCAACCUGAAGGCGGCGCUGCUCAAAACUUGACGAUGCAACAGGCUCAGGCUGUGAUGAAGUCGUUGACGGAAGAGGGUUGGUUGGAACAGAGCAGCAAGGGAAAUUACAGCCUUAGUCCCCGAGCGCUGAUGGAGCUGCGGACUUGGCUAGUUGCGGAGUACAAUUAUGAGGAUAUGAAUGGGCGGAUGCAGCAUCGGAUUAAGUUCUGUGCUGCUUGCAAGGACCUCAUCACGGUGGGACAACGAUGUGAUGACCGAGACUGUCCAGGUCGACUACACAACCACUGCGUGCGCAACUUCUUCCGCGUGCAACAGGCUGAGAAGUGUCCCGUUUGUGAAAAGCGCUGGUCUGGCACCAAUUUUGUGGGCGAGCAGGCCGUCGUGGAGACCGCUCGGCCCCGACACAGCAGGCUCUCCCAAGCCCAGACCGUGGUCGCCUCUCAGACACAAAGCGAGGCUAGCGAGGCGGAAGGUUGA